AUGAAAUUCACAAACCACAGCCAGCAGAAUCCAACCUCCUUCCUGCUCAUGGGAAUUCCUGGCCUUGAGGCCUCUCACUUUUGGAUUGCAUUUCCAUUCUGCUCCAUGUACACCCUGGCAGUACUCAGCAACAUGGCAGUGCUGCUGGUGGUGUACUCGGAGCCUGAGCUGCACCAGCCCAUGUACCUGUUCCUAUGCAUGCUGUCCAUCAUCGAUCUGGUGCUCUGCACCUCCACUGUGCCCAAGCUCCUUGCACUCUUUUGGGCAAACACUGCUGAGAUCACCUUUGGGGGCUGUGCCACCCAGAUGUUCUUCAUCCAUGGCUUCUCAGCUGUAGAAUCUGGCCUCCUGCUAGCAAUGGCCUUUGACCGCUACUUGGCCAUCUGCCGGCCCCUGCAUUAUGGGUUAUUGCUGCCCCCAGAGGCUGUGGGCAAGUUGGGGGCUGCUGCUGUGUUUCGUGGCUUGGGACUCAUGACCCCGCUCACCUGCUUACUGGCAAGACUGAGCUACUGUGGCCGAGUGGUGGCCCACUCCUACUGUGAGCACAUGGCUGUGGUGAAGCUGGCAUGUGGGGGCACACAGCCAAACAACAUCUAUGGCAUCACGGCUGCCACAUUGGUGGUGGGUACUGACUCCAUCUGCAUUGCUAUAUCCUAUGCACUCAUCCUCCGGGCAGUGCUAGGCCUCUCCUCCAAGGAGGCAAGGGCUAAGACCUUUGGCACUUGUGGCUCCCACCUGGGCGUCAUCCUUCUGUUCUAUACACCGGGACUCUUCUCGUUCUACACUCAGCGCUUUGGUCAGCAUGUGCCCCGGCACAUCCACAUUCUCUUGGCUGAUCUCUACCUUGUCAUACCGCCCAUGCUCAAUCCCCUCAUCUACGGCAUGAAGACCAAGCAGAUCCGGGAUGGGGCCCUCCGACUGCUGAAGCGGGGCAUUGUCCAGUCAUAA